AUGACCAGGCUGACAUUGGCGGCGAAGAGGAAGAAGGAGGACGCUGUGGCCCCCAAGGCCAAGCGGCCUGCCGCGGCCUUGGAGACCCCGACGCUGAAAGACAAGGCUGCCUCGCAUCCUCCUGCUACAGGGUUGUCCUCUCGAGGCUCUAGGGCCCAGCCUCUGGAGAAGCCUGCCCCUGCAGCCAUGCCGACUCCGGAGGCACUCGCCUUCCAUGCGCCUGCUAAUGAUCCGAGGGCUCCAGAGCCCCCGACAAUCCUUGCUGCUGCUGCUUCGCCAGUCUUGACACCAGCGCCAUCUCCUCCCCCAACCACCACACCGGCGGGCCGUGGUUCCUCUGCCAUGCCUGGUGCUCUGGAGGAGGCUCUCUCCGCACUAGACUGGCUUCGGGACGAUCUUCGGGGCCCUGACCGGCGCAAGGCGUCGGGGCGCUUGGAGCUGUUCUCGGGGUGGCUCCAGGCUGACUUGUCUGAUGCAAAGGCAGCCGAGGAACGCUGCCGUGCAGCAGAGGCCGAGCUGAAAGCCGUCCGUGACAAGCAGGCCACCCGCACCCGCCAGCUCAAGGAGCAGGAGGAGGUGCUGAAGGCCCGGGAGGCUGCGAUCACCGACCGUGAUGCUGAACUGGAGCAGGCAGCCCGGGAACAGGCCACGGAGUGCGGUUGCCUGGAGAAGUUGAAGGAGGAGGUGGAGUCAGCCCAGGCGUCCCACACCAAGCUCGUCGCUGAGGACGAAGCUCGGCUGGAGACCAGGGAGAAGCUCCUCGCCACUGUCGAGGAGGCGGUCGCCAUGAGGCGUGAUGCUUCUGAAUCCCUCGAGCUGAGAUCCCACAAGGCACUGCAGGAUCUCUACGGGAGUGGGUACGAGAAGCCGCUGGUGACUCCGGAGGAAGGCCCCACCGGGCUGCUCCUCAAGCUCGUCGCGGCGCUAGAGGGCAUCAUCGUCGGAGUAGGCCCCAUGGUGGAGGGAGAGGCCCGCACGCUUUCCACCUCGGCCCCGACGCGCGUCUUCAACCUCCUCUAUAUUCGGGACCCCCGCUUCGACAUUGGUGCCUUUCUUGAGCUUGUGGACCCUGAGCUUUACACCGCUGCUGCCGAGGCCGUGCAGGAUCAGCUGGAGGCCCUGCUUCGGAAGUUCCUCACCGUCGACCCCGUGACUACGACUGAUGGCCAGGACGGCAACGGUUUUUUCCACGACGGGGCUCCCCAGGCGGGCGAUGGCGGUGCCCAAGGUUGA